AACAUCAGAUCACACGCCAUGUAUUUCUUUUCUAUACUGUUUAAGUAAUUGAUGGGCUCUGCUACAACCAAGGAAUAAUUAGGCAGGCUCACAAGUCUCGUCAUAUCCCGUACCCAACACUUACGCUCGUUGCCCAACCGCGACUAUCCACGAAUAAUUACGCCGCUCUCAAGACCAUGAAGCUCCUCAUAGCAGUGACUGCGCUACCACUCUCCACCCUCGUUACCGCAAACCCACAUCCUCAUCCACUCUCACCCUCGUCCAAGCCGCUUCAUCAACAUGUCCUCCCACGGGACGAAGCCCCAGUUGUCACGGUCCCAGACUGUUCCGAAGCCUCGACACAGAAAAUCACCCUGGAACUCUCACUCGCCGAGUUCCUCAAAUUCCGCGAGGCAAAGACGCCCGACUGCUUCGACUUCAGCUACAAUGGCUGCAGCUACGCGUCCGAGAGUCCGCUAGGCUUCAAGUUUAGCGACAUGUGCUCACGUCACGACUUCGGGUACCGCAACCUCAAGCGUCAGCACAGCUUCGACGACAAGCACCGGAAGCAGGUGGACAAUAAGUUCCACAGUGAUCUUCUCGAUUAUUGUCACACGCAGAAGCACCGGAUCGCGUGUAAAGUUAUGGCAGAGCUGUAUUAUUUGGCAGUGAGGGCGUUUGCUGGGAGUUCGAAACAGCAGGAGGCGGAGGCGAAGGAGAGAGAGAAGGCGGAUCAUGAGGCUAAGGAGUGGGAGAUGGAGAGGAAGGAGGAGGUGGCCAAAGCGGAGGAGUUCAAGCAGCAUUUCCAGGAUAUGAAACAGAAGUCGAAGGAAGACGAGGCGAGAGCGAGAGAGAAGAUGGAUAAUAAGGCUAAGGAGGAGGCGAAAGCGAAGGAAGAGGCGAAAGCGAAGGAAGAGGCGAAAGCGAAGGAAGAGGCGAAAGCGAAGGAAGAGGCGAAAGCGAAGGAGGAGAAGUACUCGCAAAAGGGACCGUCAGGGAAGGCGAAGGAGAGCAUAUAAGACGUGUUUAAUCGACGUGUUUGUAAUACUCCUGAUCAUGUCAUCUUUUCCUUUUCGCCAUAUUUCUUUGCGUUGGUAGUAAUUGUAAGAUAAUGCUAUAACACUAAUAAGCUGUUACGUGCGGAGGAUGAGUCUCGCAAUCUGAUUCCUCGCAGUAAUUAGAUCGAAUAUGUCGAGUCUACGCGAGGCUUAGCAUGUUGCUUGCCACGAUAACACAUUCGAUGUUGGUGCUGCCAAGGUGGAAGUUACCCGGAAAGGAGACAUAAAACCUCAAUCGUUAUUCUGCGCCAGGUGACAAAAGCGAGACUGCAAGUCUGCGGUGAAUAACCAAGGACUCCGGCGAGGAUCCAAAGGACCACCUUUGACUAGACCCAGUGGGAAGCAAUCAAGAUCAUCACCUCCCCAACCUGUCCCUCAAGCCCAACUCGCCCAGCAAAUCUCUACUAUGAAUCCACACUCUCAGUCUCUUCCCAUAUAUAUAGAGUACGAUUGU